CUUCAAGGCAGAUUAUGUGUGAUGUGACUGCUGCACUGACCACUCAUGUCACUAAUCAAACCCCAACGUCGCCAACCUGCUUUGCCUUCCUUCCAACCACCACCACCACCACCGAAAUCCUAUCAAAACUCAACCCCAGUACCUCAACUGCGCGCAACUGGGAGUUGUUGAGGACAAAUAUCAUCAGCUGCGUCGCUCAUUUAUCCACCGUCCCUUGUCUUCGCCAAUUGUCGCGACUCAACCCAAACCCGCGAGCUAAUCUGCCGAGAUCUCCACCCUCUCCUUAUUACGCGCCCAGCCACAUCCCGCCUCGGGUCAACCGAGCGACGAGUGCGGUGGUGAGCCUGGAUCAAGACGAGGCAUCAACAGCAAUCACGGCGCAUCACGGUAGGUCUAUCGAGGCCUCAAGUCGCCCUCGAUGAGUAAUGAGGUCGCUCAGCCGGUUGAGCAUGAAUCCGUUCGCUCAUCUACAGUAGAGCAGAAGAACGGUUACACAUCGAAAGCUUCCACCACACCGAACCAUUUCGCCGACAGCCAACGAGACCAGACUUCAAACGAGCCCGACCUGACCUCCGUUCCAGUUGGAGACGAAUCAUCAGUCACAACAAGCGACACACUAAAGAGGAAUCAUACCCUCCUGCAUGUGCUCUCGCGAUCAUCGUCGCACAAGAUACAGCCUUCGCCGACAGCGACAGCCCUCAGUGGAGCCACAGCCAGCGAUCCAACUAGCAGCAUAGGGGGAGGUUCACGGAAAUCCAACUCCAGCAUCAUCGGCGAGAAGCGCAACGGCAGUUUAUCGAGCAGUAAGAGAUCGACACCUGCAGCUGCUGAAAGCACACCGGCGACAGUUAAUGCUACAUCUUCUCAAUCAGCACAAAUGCAAAAGCCAAAGAAGUCUCGAGGUUUCUUGUCUUUUCUGAACUGCUGCGGCGUUCCCGACAGUGCGAAUGGGAUCGACCCGGAAGAACCAGCUCUCCCUGUAAAGCCGACUACGUCAACCACUUCUCAAGCUAGGGUCACGACACCAAGCAAACCAGUGUCAAGCGUCCCCGACGUAACCACAAGCCAUAAAUCUGCGCAACAACCGGAAAAGGCGGCCAUGGUCCCAAAUACGACCCCUGGCGAUGAUCGGCCAUCUGUUGAAGGAACUGGUGUCAAACAAUCACAAACUGUCGCUGAGCAGCAUGCCAACUCAAAGGAUUCUCGUAACCAGCCGCUACCUGCUAUACCACGAGAUGCCGAGGAACCGGUCGCAGACACAAACGCUCUCGGUGCAUCAAACCCUGUAGUAUUUGUCCAGGCGCCAACUCCGAUAAUUCCCCAACAAGACCGCAGCAUUCCCAUCUUAUCUCAGAAUGCCACAAACAAUGAGGUUGAUACGAAAGUUCACAUGGGCGACUCUGGAGAGGGUAACACCACCAAAGACGUAGAAGGAAAUCAACAGACGAAUACAGCGGAUAUAACGUUACCCCCACCUCCCGCGAUAGCUGGAGCAGGCACCAACAGCGAUGCACUAAGUCAGACCCAGGGACCGUCUGUUGUUGAUACUGUUGAAGAAAAGCAGCAGUGGCUGCUACCUCCAAUUGAACCAAGGUUUAACGGGAAAAAAUGUUUGGUUCUUGAUCUCGAUGAAACGUUGGUGCACAGCAGCUUCAAGAUUUUGCACCAGGCAGAUUUUACGAUUCCGGUAGAAAUUGAGGGACAGUAUCACAAUGUCUAUGUCAUUAAGCGCCCUGGAGUAGACCAGUUCAUGAAGCGUGUCGGCGAGUUAUAUGAGGUAGUGGUGUUCACAGCAUCCGUUUCCAAGUAUGGCGAUCCCCUAUUGGAUCAACUCGACAUACACAACGUUGUCCACCACCGCCUUUUUCGAGAGAGCUGUUACAACCAUCAAGGCAACUACGUUAAAGACCUGUCCCAGGUUGGCCGCGAUCUACGAGAGACUAUUAUCAUCGACAAUUCGCCAACGUCGUACAUAUUCCACCCUCAGCAUGCUGUACCCAUAAGCAGCUGGUUUUCGGACGCCCAUGACAAUGAGCUACUGGAUUUGAUACCUGUUCUCGAAGAUCUUGCAGGGUCCCAAGUACGCGAUGUCAGUCUGGUACUGGACGUUGCUCUUUAACUUUCUUAAAGUAUGCAUUCUUGCAACUUGGCCUCAUAGCGGAUGGAGUUCGGUUGACAUCUUCAAUUCUAUUAUAGGAUGUACGUUUAAUAUUUAUAAUCAGCAUGGGACACAACUCGCUGAGUAGGCGAACGUCAGGAAAUUAAACGCAUCAAUUCCGAGGAGGAGCAGAUGGGUCGUCUGUGGAGGGACGUCGGUUGACGGAGGAGAGGCCUAUUUCACCAAGUUCCAAGCUGGCCAAAUUCAGACUGGCUAUGGAGAAGGAUGAGGAUUAUAUCUCCAUCUAAUAACCAGAGGCAUUGAGAAUCGUUUCUGUACUUUCAUUUUUGCGACUCAUCGAGCGAUUUCCCCUUGUUAUUUCACAGCUCUCUUUCGAAAACAUAGGGACGCGUACACAUUGAUAUACCCGUGUAAGACUACAUUCACCUUUUAGUGAAAUAUAGUUAUCCGUUUCAGCCAGCAGGUGGAC